CUCGGGUCCACUGGGUAUGUUCAUCCAAGAAGCAGUCGUGGAUGUGAAGUACAUACUGCACGGACACCAUCUGCUUCACUCUACUCUUUCUGCUACAAGGUGUUUAAAGUGCUCUCUCUAAGGGCUCUCAAUGAUUGAGUUAGGCCUGGCUGACGGCAGCCUGAUCGACGAGCUGAUUGAGCUGACGGCCCAGAGCCUCGGUCAGCUGGAGAUCCAGGAACACUUCAAUGUCAUCAAGGAGAUCGGGCGAGGAAAGUAUGGCAAAGUGCUGCUGGUCACACAUCGUUUCAGAGGGACUCCUAUGGCCUUGAAAGUGAUGCCCAAGACCUCAACAAAGCUAAAGGGCUUCCUGCGAGAAUACUGCAUCUCUUUGCAUCUGCAUUGCCACCCCUGCAUCGUGGGCCUCUUUGGCAUUGCCUUUCAGUCUAACGAUCACUACUGCUUCGCCCAGGAGCUCGUUAUUGGGAGGGACCUGUUUGCUGUCAUUCAGCCUAAGGUGGGUAUUCCUGAGUCGUCCGUUAAACGUUGCGUCCUCCAGAUUGCUAGCGCUUUGGAGUUCAUCCAUAGCCGGGGCCUGGUCCACCGAGACGUGAAGCCUGAGAACAUCCUCCUGCUGGAUCAUCAGUGCAGCCAGGUCAAGCUGGCAGACUUUGGUCUGGCCCAGAAAACAGGCACUCUUAUCAGCUUCAUUACAGGAACCCUACCUUACAUGUCACCUGAGCUUUGCACUGUUGCUCUACUGGAGGGCCAGAAAGAAGUCACUGCUCCUCCGCUGAGUGUGGAACCAAGUCUGGACACAUGGGCCUUCGGUGUGGUUAUAUUCUGCAUCCUCACAGGCUACUUCCCAUGGGACCGUUGCAUGGAUUCAGAUGACUCCUACCAGGAGUUUGCUGACUGGUCCAAACUGGGAGACAGCGCCAACACAGAGGAUGACAUUCCACCACUUUGGAAAAGGUUCACCCCAGAAGCCAUGGAGUUGUUUGGCAAGCUCCUGGCUCUGGAUGCAGAAAAGAGGUCUACCGUUGGGGAGGUGAGACAAUAUGUAGAGAAGGCUUGGCUUAAAAAGGAACAUGGGAUGGAGCAGCUGCAGACAGUAGAAAAUAAAUAAUAAGCUUGGACAUAAAAUAAGAUCUAAUACCCCAAUACUUAUAACAGCCUGCAAUUUCAUUUGUAACAUUCGUGGAAAUCACGCAGAGUGACCAUGCUAUAUCAUGACUUGAAAUUGUUAAAGAAAAUAUAUUGAUUGAAUGAUCUAAAAACGAAUGCAUUUCUUCUUUGGGCUUUACAUUAUUCGAAUGUGUGUUGUAAUUUGAUAUGUGUAUCAUAGGUUUGUGCCAUUGGACUUAAAUUAGGUUGAAGUAAUUGACAGAAGUCACAGGUUAGGUUUUAGAGUUAGGCAUACUUGCCAACCCUCCCGUUUUUAGCGGGAGAAUCCCGUUAUUCAGCGCCUCUCCCGACAACUUCCCGGCAGAGAUUUUCUCCCGACAAACUCCCGGUAUUCAGCCGGAGCUGGAUGCCACGCCCCCUCCAGCUCAAUGCGGACCUGAGACUGAGUGGG